CUCAAAAAUAACAUAGCUUGAGAAAAUAUUGCAUGAGAUCCGUUAAGCUAAAACAGACAAUACGUGUCAUGAGCUUGAAUUGUCACGCUUCUAUAAAUAUGCAUUAAAGCAAUCAAUGACCCUUUUUUUUGUCUCAAAAUAAAUGACCAAACACCUCCACCUUAUACCUCUCCACAAAAACACUAAAUUCUUGUCACUUUUUCAUACUAACAAAUCCACCAUUUUCACCAAAGCUUCAAGCUUUACUACUACUACUGCUACUCCAUGGAAUACCCAUUUGAGAAAUCUCUCAAAACAUGGUCAGUACAACGAAGCACUCAUUCUUUACCGUCAAAUGCUUCAAUCUGGAGCUACCCCAAAUGCCUUCACUUUCCCUUUUGCUCUCAAAUCUUCAGCUUCACUCGCCCUUCCCAUCACCGGAAAACAACUCCAUUGUCAUGUUAUCAAGUUGGGUUGUGAAUUUGAGCCUUUUGUUCAAACUGCAUUGAUAUCUAUGUACUGUAGAUGUAAGUUAACUGAAUUUGCACAGAAAGUGUUUGAUGAAAUGCCUCAAAGAAAUCUUACUGUUUGUUACAAUGCUUUGAUUUCUGGGUAUGUUCAGAAUGGUAAUUUCUUGAAUGGGUUUUUGUUGUUUAGUGAAAUGAGGUUGAGAGGAGUGUUGUUUAAUGCGGUUACUGUUUUGGGAUUGGUUCCAGGUUGUACUGCUUCGCGGUAUCUGUGGUUGGGGAUGUCGUUGCAUUGUUUGAAUGUUAAGUGUGGAUUGGUGAAUGAUUUGGCUAUUGUAAAUUGCUUGUUGACAAUGUAUGUGCGUUGUGCGUCUAUGGAGUUAGCGAGGAAGUUGUUUGAUCAUAUACCAGGAAAGGGGUUGAUCACUUGGAAUGCGAUGAUUUCUGGAUACGCGCAAAAUGGGUUGGCUGGUGAAGUGUUGGAGCUUUAUCAUGAGAUGGAAUUGUUGCAGGUGAAUCCUGAUGCAGUGACAUUUGUUGGAGUUUUGUCAGCUUGUGCUAAUCUUGGUGCUCAAAAGAUUGGCUUUGAGGUGGAAGAGAAAAUAAGGUCUAGUUGUAUGAGAUGGAAUGUAUUCUUGAAGAAUGCUCUAAUAAAUAUGUAUGCUAGAUGUGGUAAUUUGGCGAAAGCACGGAUUAUAUUUGAUGAGAUGCCAGAGAAAAGCUUGGUCUCCUGGACAGCAAUAAUAGGUGGUUAUGGAAUACAUGGGCUUGGAAACAUUGCUGUGGAGCUUUUUGAUAAGAUGAUCAAGACUGGCAUUCAACCUGAUGGAACGGUGUUUGUUAGUGUUCUAAAUGCAUGUAGUCAUGUAGGGUUGACUGAAAAGGGGUUAAAUUAUCUUGAUCUGAUGAAGAGGGAGUAUGGGUUGAAGCCAUGCUCAGAGCACUACUCUUGUGUUGUGGAUCUAUUAGGUCGUGCUGGUCGACUUGAGGAAGCUCGGAAACUUAUUGAAUUGAUGGAAGAUGAGCCUGAUGGUGCUGUGUGGGGUGCCCUUUUGGGUGCUUGCAAGAUCCACAAAAAUGUUGAACUUGCAGAAUUAGCUUUUAACAAGGUUGUUGAGCUUGAGCCAACAAACGUAGGCUAUUACGUGCUACUUUCAAAUAUCUACACAGAGGCAAAUAAUUCAGAAGGUAUAUUAAGAGUUAGAUUGAUGAUGAGAGAACGAAAGCUCAAAAAGGAUCCAGGUUAUAGCUAUUUUGAGUGUAAAGGGAAAACUUACCUUUUCGUGGCUGGCGAUAGAAGUCAUCCUCAAACAAAAGAGAUAUACAAAUUGUUGAACAGAUUGGAGGAUACUGAAAGUGAGUAUGGAGGAGCAAGCAAAAAUGGUCAAGAGGUAAUAAAUCACGAACUUCCUAACAUUAUUGGUGUUCAUAGUGAACGUUUGGCAAUUGCAUUUGCUCUGUUGAACACUGAAAUAGGGACUGACAUUCUUGUUAUAAAGAACUUAAGAAUAUGCAAUGACUGUCACUCGUUUGUAAAGCGAGUCAGCAAAAUUGUGGACCGGUUAUUCGUGGUCAGAGAUGUCACCCGUUUCCACCAUUUUAGAAAUGGUACAUGUUCUUGCAAUGAUUAUUGGUGACUGGUGAGACUGGACAAAUGAUAACAAGAACUUUGCAGUGAAGCUCAUUAUAAAGAUCAAAAACAGUCAUGUAUGCUCUCUGAAUCUUGAAGCCUGUGGCAACAUUGUGCAACUCUGUUUUCAUCAAGUCCUCGGGACCUAACUGAACACAACCUACACCCCAUGCAAGGGAUCAUAGUAUAUUGAUGGUUGAACCUCUUCCGAGUUGACCUAUGUGGUCCAUAUAAGAAAGAACAUGCAUUCACCAGAAGUUGAAAAGUUGAGUGACCAUGAGAUAUGAAUUGUCAAUUGUCAUCACAAGAAAAUAAGGGCAAACAAGGGUCCACUUUUGAAAACACAAAUGUGUUUGGAUGUUUGAUGGAGGCAUCUCCUUCCUUGAGCACAAAUUUUAGGGGCAAGCAUGUUGAGAUCUUUCAAGGAGGGGCAGAAAUUUGGUUAACUUCUAGAUCCCUAAAACCAUUUUGAUGUAGUGGAGCUGAACUCGAAAAGAAACAGUUACAUGUUUGGCUACAAUAAGCAUUAAGAACUAUACCAUCAUUCGACAAAAUGUUUAUUGAUUAUGAUGUAUGUUCUCUUCUCUUUUUUGCAAUGCUAGUGCCUCAACUUUCAAUUCUAUCCUUAUAUGUGUGUAAACACCAACUCCUAAAUGUUGUCGCGCAGCAUUCAUACUACUGAAUGACACUCCACACGUUGACAAAUGGUUUUUCAUCGUCUCAUGAAGAAAAAGAAG